AUAAAUCGUCCGCUCGUUAUUGCUGCGCAAGACAUUUUGCGCGUACGAACCACGAACGCGCAGAGCUUUCGCGGAACCAAGUGUCGACGUCGACGAAGACGACGUCAACGAAGAACACGACCACGACGACAACGACGACAGCGGAUUAAGCAAUCGCGUUACACAAAUUAACACACAAUGAAGUCACACAAUGGACGCGUGCGCGUUCUUAUAGCGUCAGCCGUAUCGAAACACUCGAGCUUACUGCUCGAGCAGAGCAGAGAGACCGAGGCUCACGCGACACGCAAAAUAUUAUUCAUUUUUCGCCGAAAGACAUCGCGAGGACGAGCGGCUCGCGCACCAUCGCGUGUCCCAGCGAAACGCAACGUCGCGCAACAUUCUUGCUUUCUACUCGCCGAUCGACCGUCGGAUAGAAAAGUGCCCGGCAGAGGUACGAGGAAUGCGCAAAUCCUACGUACGACAGCCAAAGACGAGCCGCCCUCCACACAAGGGAAGAGACACUACUCGUCGCCGAUGUAUGUUUACCGCGCGCUGGAUUUUGUUUCGAGCGAACGCGACACGGACCAUUGCGGACAGGAAGUUGAGGAAACCCUGCGCGGUAAUAAUGGCCUGUGCGGAGCGAAGCGUAAACCGAAGUGGAAUAUCGCGAGGAAAAGGCGAUAGAAAGACGGCGGUGUGCGAGUUGCGUUGAGGUAGGUUGCAUCGUGAAACGCGUUUCACGUGAGAAUUCGAUGAAGCCUGCACUACGUGCACAUUAAUUAAGGUUGUAGUAUAAAAGGAGUUUUUUAAGAAUUCGUUGUGAAACUUGCAUUAUAUAACUUGCACUAUAUAUAGAUGUAAAUAUGUCCUAAGUUAAAAGUACCAAUUACCUAAUCCUGGACAUUCGUAUUGUUUUGGUUUUUAAAUACGAAUAUUUAAACUUUGAAUAUGAAAUAUAUGCAUAUACUCAAUAUUUGUA